CAGACAACACCGUCAAUGCCAUAAUAGGGGGAGAGAGAAACUAGAGAGAGAGAUAAACGAGAGAGAGAUGGAUGAAGAGAACAGCAACAGCAGUGGCGGUAUCAAUUUGGAUACAGGAAAGGCCGAAAGAUCGGUAUGGCUAAUGAAGUGCCCACUUCUGGUAUCAAAAUCGUGGCAAUCCCACUCCUCCGCCGCCGAUUCUCAGCCCGUUGCCAAAGUCGUCGUCUCCGUCGAUCCCCUUCAUCCCGAGGAUUCCUCUUCUCCCCAGUUCACGAUGGAGAUGUCUGGCAAUGAGACAGGGAACAUGCCGAAGAGCUACUCUUUGAAUAUGUUUAAAGAUUUUGUUCCUAUGUGUAUAUUUUCCGAAGCUAAUCAUGGUAAGGUUGCAAUGGAAGGGAAAGUGGAACAUAAAUUUGACAUGAAGCCCCAUAAUGAAAACAUGGAGGAGUAUAGCAGAUUGUGCCGUGAAAGGACAAACAAAUCGAUGAUUAAAAACAGACAAAUACAGGUGAUUGACAAUGAUCGUGGAGUGCAUAUGAGGCCCAUGCCUGGAUCUGGAAUGCUUGGCUUGAUUACUUCUAGUUCUAAGGAUAAGAAGAAAGCAGCUCCAGUUAAGGGAUCAGAUGUUAAAAGAACUAGGAGAGAUCGUGGUGAACUAGAGGAUAUCAUGUUUAAGCUUUUUGAAAGACAACCUAACUGGGCCCUAAAGCAGCUAGUCCAAGAGACAGAUCAACCUGCGCAAUUCUUGAAAGAGAUUCUAAAUGAGCUAUGCGUGUACAAUAAGAGGGGAACGAACCAAGGAACAUAUGAGCUCAAGCCAGAAUACAAGAAAGCUGUAGAGGAUACAGGUGCUGAAUAAAUUUUUUUUUUUCUCUGACUGUAUAUUAGUUACGCAAGUUGGAUAGAACUUAAUCAAGUGAGGUGUAGUGUUCUUCAAUGGUGGCACCCCUAUUUUUAUUUUUAUUUUUAUGAAUUACUCAUGAUGCAAUUAUGAACCAUAAAUUAGGAAGGGGUAGAGAUGUUAAAAGGGUUGUGUACUUUCAUAUGCUUUUUUCUGAAAUGUCUGUUACUGUUAUUUUGGCCUAUAGUUUGUUAUUUGGUUUAGCUUGAUAUAUAUCAAAUUACAAUUUAUUUA